CAGAGAACAACAGAAGAAGAGACUCUGAACUGAGACCUCCAGAUCUCAGCAGGAAGAGGAGCAGAAGUGAAAUCAGAGGUGAAGAUGGCUUUAGCCAGCGGCCACUGGCUGGAGAAAGAAAUCAGAGGAGAACCUCCGAGUCCCAGACAUGGUCACGCUGUAGCUGUGGCUGGAAGCGUCGCCUUUCUGUUCGGAGGAGCGAGUAGCAUCAGCCCAGAGGUCAGUCCUGUUUACUUCUCUGACUUCUACAUGCUAACAGUGACUCCUGAUGAUGUGACCUGGGAGGAGAUUCCUCAGAGCGGAGAAAUCCCGUCGGCCAGAGAAGGACACACACUCUGGUAAAUCCCACUCCAACAUGGCCGCCAGCAGGUAGCAUGGAGGUAGCGAUGAAUCAGAACAGGUGACAAAACUUUCUACAGAAACUAAACUGAAGUUAUUGUCUGUGAACCUAAAGAGGAACGAUCUGGAACCACAGCUUCAGUUAUCACAGCUGGAAACUAGAGAUCAGGCUGA